AUGAAUUGGUCUUGCUGUUAUAGAUAUCGUCGACGGAAGAUAUGGUUGUUUUGUUCUAGUUUUGGUUGCUGUUUUCUCAUCUGGUUUCUAUGGAAUUUAACUUUUGCUGUUUACGAUAGACAUUGCUCUGAAACCGAUUCGAAAGAUCUACUGGAAGUUACGUGUGAUUGGUAUCAUAAGGGGUUUAUUAUUGGAGAUCUAUGUCCAGCUCUGUGUGAGAGAAAACAAAUCAAAUAUGAACACUGUACAAAUUAUAAAUCGGGAAAAACUGUCUUGGUUAUGAGUUGCAACAAUCUCUGCAGUGCUGAGGAAACAGUUCCUGCAAUACUCAAGUCGCAUUUUCCAAACAUUGAAAAAUUUCAAGAAAAAUUCAUGGGGCCUGAUAACAUGAUGUCUACAACUCUAGUAGAAUUUCGCUUCAUGAUAGAGGAAAUGAUUUAUUCGUCAUUGGGAUUAAACUUUUCUAAUUCAGGGGACGUAAUCCAAAAAGUAUUCGAGUAUGAAUAUGAUCAUUACCUUAACCCUUUAGAUGAUAAGAAAUACAAGGCAUUCAUAUUGAGUGUUUGGUCUCUAGUGAAUCAAGAUGAAUAUCUCAUCACAAAAUUACAUCAACAUAGCCCUUUAUUCCCUAAAAUAUAUCAUUCUUGUGGGUCAUUUUACUUAAUGGAGUUUGCCCCUCCCGGUUCCGUGCUUAACCCUCCUGUUUCACUAUUCACAUCCUAUUCUGGAAGCUGGGAAGAGAGGGUUAAAAUAGCCCUUAAAUUGUUAGAUAGUGUGCUGAAUAUGGAGUCAACGUUCCAUGAACCAAUUCACAUGUGCGAUGUAAAAGGUGAAAAUUUUGGAAUUGGCUUGGACGGAAGAAUAAAGCUUAUUGAUACUGACUCAGUGUUUUUUGAAAGUAAAUUAUUACAAGACUUUGCUACGACUGAGAAAUGUAGCAGUGAUAAAGAUUGCAAUUUUUGGGACUGUCAUGGACUUUGUUCUGAAGGCGUUUGUUUAAAACAACGAUUGAAUAAUAAUCUACAGAGUAUAUGUGAGGAUGUGUUUUUACCAUCAUUACCAAUAUUUAAUAAUGGGUUGUUACGAAACCCUCCAGAUCAUAUCAAACAAGAACUAUCAGAGAUAUUACAAUUAUGUACGGCCCCUUUUUAUGACAACAUGGAUGAGAAGAUAUCAAAGAAGACGUAUUGGAAAUUGUAUAAUCUAUUGCAGUAUACAGUAGAUUAA